CUUACCCUGACUACCCUGGCCUGGGUCUACAUUUUCUACAUCUAGAGAUUCUAGAUUUAGAAUCUAGAUCUAGAUCUAGUACACUAAGUGCUAAGUAGAGAAGAUAUUAUUGUAAACAGUAAACUUCAACGUUUAGAGUAUGUCUGUUAAUUAUGCAUCAGGACUGUCUCCUUAUGAACACAAAGGAAAAUGUGGUUUGCCAGAAAAAUUGGAAGGACCAGAAGAAUUAACUGGAAAAAUAAAGCAGCUGAUUGAUUUAGUGCAAAAAAGUAAACAUAUUGUUAUUCACACUGGUGCUGGUAUAAGCACAUCUGCAGGCAUACCUGAUUUUAGAGGUCCAAAAGGAGUAUGGACAUUAGAGGAGAAAGGAGAAGCCCCUCAAAUGAGUGUCACAUUUGAUUCAGCUAUACCAACAGCUACUCACAUGGCAAUUGUGGCUCUUGAAAAAGCUGGUAUAGUGAAGUAUGUGAUCAGUCAAAACAUUGAUGGCUUACAUAUUAGAUCAGGCUUUCCACGAAAUCGUUUAUCAGAACUACAUGGUAAUAUGUUUAUUGAAGAAUGCAACAAAUGUGGUCACCAGUACAUCAGGGAGCAUUCAGUACCAACCAUGGCACGAAAUUUAACUGGAGGAUCUUGUUCACAAAAAAAAUCUCGAGGAACAUGCAGGGGAAAGUUAAUUGAUACAAUACUUGAUUGGGAAGAUUCUCUCCCAGAAAGAGAUCUGGAGUCAGCCUUUGAACAGUGCAGGAAAUCUGACCUCAGCAUUUGUCUUGGGACAUCACUGCAGAUAGUACCAAGUGGAAAUAUUCCAUUACUUACCAAAAAAAACGGUGGCAAGCUAGUCAUCAUUAACCUACAGCCAACAAAACAUGAUAAAAAAGCUGACAUGAAAAUCUCUGCAUAUGUUGAUGACGUGAUGAAACAGCUUUGUGAAGCUUUGAAAGUUGAAAUACCUCAAUACACUGGCCCAUCAGUCUGUCUAAAAUCAAUACAUACUUUCGAGUCAGAAAAAGAAUUAGGAGUCAGUGCUGACCAAUUCUGUAGUAAAACAGAUUUUAAAUUAAAAUAUGAGUUGGCAUGUAACUUAGAAGAUGAGUCUGAAUUGGAAGUGAAGAGAAUAAAAUUAGAUGUAGGGGAGAUAACAAAUGGCUCUACUGUAAAUGCAGAAAAUAAAAUUAAAGAGGAAACAAAGGAAGAUGGAGAAAACAAAAAUUCAAACACAAAAAAUGAAAACAAUACAAAGGAAGAAACAAAUUUAGAUAUCCUGCAUUGUGUGUCAAAGGAGUUAAUUAGUUCUAAAAAUAAAGAAGUGAUUGGUGAAAGUUUUGAAAAUAAAAUGCAUAAUUCAAUAGAUUCUUCAAUAAAAAUUUCCAAAACUGGCAACUCCAAGCCUGAAAGUCUACAUUUGUUUGGUGAGCAUAUUUUACAAGUGAGUGAUGCAGUUUUAAUGACAUAGCCACUAAUAAGUGACUGACUAAACAAGAUUUUACACUAGGAUCAAUAUUUGUUGAGGAUAUACAAUUUUAUGUUGUUAGUAUUGAUAAUAAUUAUUUUAAUAAAAUACUUUUUUUGUCAGUUAUUUUAUUGUAGGAGUAAUUUUAUUAACUGUUGAAUUUGCUUAACUUUUUUUUUUGUCACUGAGAAAAACAAUGUUAAACUCAUUUUAUAAAAAAAUAAAAACAAAUAUUACUUUAGCUAUGCUGUGAAAAGAAUAGAGAGGUCUACUAAAUAAUUCUAUUAGAAGUUAUUAAAUUACUAUUUAUUAUAAUCUACUAUAAUAACAAUUAUACAGUGUUUUUUAAAGAGAUGGUAACAUUGUGUGAACACUCUAGAGUUCACCUAUUAUAAUAUUUAUCCUUGUUUUUUUCUUGUUAACACCAAUAACCUACUUAGUAGAGUUAUAAUGUCUGAUGUAACAUCUCAUUUUCUUUUUUUUUCCCAAAUUUUCUUUUCUUUACUUUUGUAUUAUUUUGUAUUAUGUAAAGUCUGUGAAAGCUUCCCAUACAGAUUUAAUUCUUAUAUUUCCUUUAAUAUUUAUCACUAAAAAAAAAAACACUUCGUUUAAAAUGUACCAAACAAAAUUUAAAAAAUCUUUUUUAAAAAACAAAGCUUAUCUUAGGGAUGAAUACUACCUGUACAAAUAUAUAGAUAUAUAUCAAUAAUGUAGAAGUUAUUUCUCUAAUUCAAUAUCAAACAAAAUAAUUAAUUAGUUGGUUUAUUUUUUUUAUUGAUUCAUCAUUUGUUAGGUACAAUUAAUAUUUUUUUUUAAGUUUCAACCUAAUCUGACAAUGGGUGUUGGAGAAAUAAUGUGUUCAGUUAUCUAAGGGGAUGAAAACUAACAUUUAGCCAUAUCUGUGAGUACUGAAGGAUUCAUUUCCCUUGUUGGUAUUAAAACUAAAUAAUUUAUUACCAGUAAUUAAUGGACAGAAUUGGUUAAUGUCUUGAUUCAUGUCUUGUCUAGACCAAUGAAUAAAUUUGCAAAGCUUUAACUUGAUCUGAGAAUGGGUGUGGGAGAUAAAUAACUUAUAGGCCAUACAAAAUUUUACCAGAUAGAUAGAUGGCUGAGUGAGUUGAUGUAAUUUUUGUAAAUUGUAUCUUACUGUUGAAAGUGAGCAUCAUUUUUUAUAUGUAUGUAUUAAUCAGCCUUUCAAUUUGAUUUCCUAAUGUCUAUCCACUACCUCUUGCAAAAUGUAAAGUCUAGUGGUAUUUUAAAUAUAUGAUCUUAGCCUAAAUAUUUUAAUAGACCUCCUCUAACUUUUAAUUUAUUACCAGUAUGAAUUAAAAAUAAAAACUCAA